AUGUCCAUGUCCGACCUUAUCUCGGGCGGUGCUGGCUGCGGCCCGUCCAAUCCGUUGCAAAACAUCGGCAAACGUUUUGGUCAGGAUCGCGGUGCGCAGCAAGACACUUUUGCCUCGAACCCAUACGCUCAGCAACAAGGCCCCUCGUUUCGUUCACAUGGUCCGGUGGCCUCCUCGUCGCAGGAGCAGCCUGCCUUCUUCAACUCUCCGUCCCAGCAAGCACCUCUGGCUCAGCAGAGCAACCUCCACGAUGCUUUUGACGUCUCGCAGCUGCGUGGCAACCUCCCGAGCGGAUCGCGCAUGCCCGUGCAGAGUCAGCACCACCGACCGGGACCUGCGCCUAGCAUGGCUGAUCUCGAAGCCAGCUUUCGUCCCGCUUUCUCCAGGAACACCACCGCACAGGCUCCCCGUGCCUCUGCUCAGUCUGGUUGGGCCACCGACUUUCUCAGCGCUGAGUCCUCGCAAUCUAGCGUCCGGUCGCAGCCCACCCAACAGAUGCACAUGGAACCACACUCAACCCACGCAGUCCACCCCAAUGUCAUUCCCAUGGGCAUGCGUAUGGGUAUGAUGUCCAUGCCUCACACCGCGCCCAGCAUGCAUUUCUCGCCAAGCCACAUGCAGGAUCACGCACCGCAACAGCAACAGCAGCACCAGAUCAACUCGACAGCAGCACCACAGCUCGACAAUGCAAAGUGGGCAGAGGCUUUCACCGCUUUCGAGGCCUCAUCAAAGCCCGAUCAACCGGCACCAGUAGCCAUGACCGACGCAAGACCCACCGAGAAGGUCGACUACGCUGAUCCGCAAGAGCGAGAUGAACUUGCACGGACCGCGGGUAGGCUCGUUUCGUCUGUCGAGCACGAUCAGAGCUCAAAGUUCCGCCAGAGCAACUUCCUCGAUCUCAUGCGCAAGAUACGUGACAAGCAGGCGGGCAUCCAGGGCGACAAUAUCGUCGAGAAUGCCGACGCCGCCGCCUCUACGCUCGAUAAGGGCAAAUCUCGAGCGCACGAUUUCAGCACAUCCUCGAGCGUCCAGCAGUCGCAGCCGCAAUCGCAGCAGGAAGCGUACUCGUGGGCGAAUCAGAUGGCAGCCAACGGUGGACUGUCGCAUUUGUCGCCCAGCGUGCAGGAGGCUCUGGCCAAGAACAACGUCCAGCAAUCCGACCUGCCCCAGCAUCUCCGCAACGAGCAGCACAUUCAAAACCAACAGGCGCUCAACGAUAUGUGGGCGGAGGAAGAUGCACGCAGCCAGUCCAUCGAACGCCAGGCUAUGAGCGAGAGUGCUCAGGCCUUUGUCGGUGACGGCGGCGAUGUCACCGCCAGGAUGCGUGAGGAUGAUGCUGACGCCCAAGAGUUCGAGCGAUACCAACGCCUAGGUGCCAACAUUCCGCACGCCAGCACCUUCAACAGACGGUGGGAGGAGGACAUGAAUCGACCGCUCGACCAGAUGGACGACGACGAGGUCGAUUUCGUCGGCCGUAGAUGGGAGGGCACAAAGGGCAGAGGGUAUCCAGGUGCGCAGACGGCCGAAUGGGACAAGUUGCAGAGCGAUUGGGAUAAUUUCGAGGUCACCUCUGCCGGUAUACGACCUGUCACGCUGCCACAACGCUCCGAAGCCACCGCGACAUCCAUGCAACCCGCACCGGCUUACCGCUUCCUGAGCGACAACCCGUACAUCGCCUCGACGCGCCAUCACGCUGCCCACGCUGGCGGCUUGCCGGCGGGUCUCGAGUCGGUGCUCGAGAAGGAAGCGGCGGUGCAGCAGAACCCGCAGGACGCUUCGGCAUGGUUCGACCUCGGUGUCAAGCAGCAGGAGAAUGAGCGAGAGGUGCAAGCCAUCGCAGCGCUGCGUAAGGCGCUCGACCUCGAUGCAAAUCUCAGGGACGCGUGGCUGGCGCUCGCUGUCAGCUACACCAACGAAAACGACCGUACCGCGGCCUACGAGGCCAUUGAGAAGUGGAUUGACAGCAACGACAAGUACGCCCAGGUGGUCCAACGCACCAAGGCCGAGCUUGCCGCCGCCAACGCGGCCGACCAGCGUGCUCGCAGCGAUAGCGUUUCGUCGCACAGCACAUCGGCGUCGGUGGUGGAGAAGCACUCGCGCCUCACGAACCUGCUCAUCGCCAUGGUGCGCAGCGGAGGCGAGAGCGGCGAGAUCGAUGCCGAUGUUCAGGUGGCCCUCGGUGUCAUCUUCAACUCGAGCGAAGAUUACGAUAAGGCAGUGGAUUGUUUCUCCACCGCGCUAUCCGUUCGACCUCAAGACUGGUUGCUGUACAACCGACUGGGAGCUACGCUGUCCAACUCCGGACGUAGUGCCGAAGCGAUCCAGUACUACCACCACGCGUUGAACCUUCAGCCCGAAUUCGUGAGGUGUCAUUUCAAUUUGAGCAUCUCGUGUCUCAACCUCAAGAUGUACCAGGACGCAGCGGAGCACAUUUAUACGGCGUUGACGUUGCAGCAGGCGGAAGCGGAGACACUGGGCGUAGCGGCGGAGAAGGGCACGGCGACAAGUGGGAGCUUGUGGGAGACGUUCAGGGUGGCACUGGAGUUGCUGAAUAGGAGCGAUCUGGCGAGCAAGUGCGCCAGGAGGGAUAUUAAUGCUUUUGAUCUGAGCGAUUUUGUCGCUCCCGUGGCUGGAGGUGGGUUGGUGGGUGGCGUGGGUGAGGUUCCGUUUGAUUACUGA